AUGUGUAGUUUGUCGGCGAGUCUGUUGCUACCAACAAGGCUUAAACCAGCUUAUUCGGACAAUCGGAGUAAUAGUAGCGGCUCACUCUUUGUCGCCAAUAGAAGAUCCAAGAGGAAGAACCAAUCGAUUGUUCCCAUGGCAAGGUUGUUUGGACCGGCGAUAUUCGAAUCAUCAAAAUUGAAAGUUCUGUUUUUAGGGGUUGAUGAGAAGAAGCAUCCAUCAACGCUUCCAAGAACUUACACUCUCACUCACAGUGACAUUACAGCUAAAUUGACUUUAGCCAUUUCCCACUCCAUAAACAAUUCUCAGUUGCAAGGAUGGGCAAAUAGGCUAUACCGAGAUGAAGUGGUAGCAGAAUGGAAGAAAGUGAAAGGCAAAAUGUCGCUUCACGUUCAUUGCCACAUAAGCGGUGGCCAUUUCCUUUUAGAUCUAUUCGCCAAGUUUCGAUACUACAUCUUUUGCAAAGAACUACCAGUGGUGUUGAAGGCGUUUGUGCAUGGAGAUGGGAACUUGAUAAACAAUUUUCCUGAGUUACAAGACGCUCCUGUUUGGGUUUAUUUCCAUUCUAAUGUCAAAGAGUUCAACAGAGUCGAGUGUUGGGGUCCUCUUUGGGAAGCUACUUCACCUGAUGGUCACAGGACUCAGACUCUUCCCGAGACUCGCUGCGUGGAUGAGUGCAGUUGUUGUUUCCCAACGGUUAGCUCCAUUCCGUGGUCUCAUAGUCUUAGUAAUGAAGAUGUUACUGGUUACUCUGGUGCUCAGGCUGAUGGAACUUCUACUCCUACUCCGGAGAAACUCUAG